AACAAGAGGGUGGGGAGACAAGCGCGUAAGCCAGACAGAGACUGAGAGACUGAGAGACUGAGGGAGUGAGUGAGUGAGGGAGAGAAAGAGAGAGAGAGUGUGUGUGUGUGUGUGUGCGCGUGAAGAGGAGGAAGGCAGGGCUUCAUGAGAUGCGAAGAACUGCGUGGGCACCAGGGAUAUUCCUAGACGCCACAGCUGGUCUGGCACUCCUUGUGUUGGACUCCUCCAGAGGUAUUUGGUUGUGAUCCAUUUUCUGACCCCAGCAAAGGCAAAGGGCCUCCGUCAGGGGCGUGCGGCCGGACCAGCUAUAUUGACGCUGUCAGUGCAUGAUACGCCUGGACGACCCAUGGAGCCUGGAGGGCGGGAUGGCCAGACAUUCAGGGAGGAAAUUACAUUUUCUUCUCUCCCACUGGAAUUAUCAUUAGCCUUUUCCCCCACUCCUCUUCCUCCUCAGAACCCAUCUCAUCUCUGUCUCUGUCUUACUUCGCUGGUCUGUCAGUUGCCUGCCUCCCCAUCGCACAGUAUGGUGCAAGACUUGGAGUGACAUCCUAUAAUCUGAGCACCACAGCUGGCUUCACCAUACCCCCGUAUCCCCACAUCACCAGCGAGGCUGCCGCUGCUCAUUUAUUCACAGAUUUUACUGUUGCUAUGGAGGCUGGUUGAGCAGGUAAUAAUUCAGACAUUUGUUUCUUGUUGUGUUUUUGCCGGUUUCUUUGCCGGUAUCUUUGAAUACCAGUGAAUACUAGAAUUUUAAGAGCAUUUCAAAGAGAUCUUUUGAAUGAGAAGAAAUUCAGCAUGUGUGCCUCACUCUGUCUGUGGACUAAGAAAACUGAAGAGUAAAUGAUCUCACAUAGAAGACAACAUUGAUCAACUGUGACAACAUUGAUCUUGCAGCCAUCAUUCUGUGUUUGCUAGAGGAAUGUGGCAUUUUAGUGGCCAGAUAAAAGGAAGUAUCUGACAUUGACAGAUGAGAUUCAGCAAAAGCAUUUGGAGUUGCAGAGAACUGUGAGAAUGUGCAUGUGUUUACUGGAAUCAGCUUGACUGAAACUUCCUCCUGGAAAGCAUUCCCCACUCCAUCUCUCGAGCCUUGGAGAAGUGUCUUACUAGAGAGAAUAGAAUCAAUCAUAUUGAUGCAGUGUCUAGAUUUAGCUGUCUAUGGUCUGUUUUCCAUGCUCUGAACUCAUGAGUCAAGGCGAUACAUUGCAACAGCGGACCACCUACCUCAUCUCUGUCACCCUGGUGAAGGUAGAGGCGGUCGAGGAGCAUGGCGCAAGACAAACCAGACCGACUGCUCAUGUGCUGGGGAGUGAAAUUGGCCAGAAGAGACCUGGAGCAUUGGUGGAUGAGGGAGAGCUUCCCCAGAGGCAGGAUGCAGAGGAGGCGGCAGAGCAGGGGGCUGGGAAAUGCAUCAAACUGAAGGAAGGGGAGCGAGUCCCCUCUACCAGCCUGCAGGUCACCAAUACCAACAAAAAUGGAAGGAGUGAAGGAACAGGAAUGCCAGCUAUCAGAGAUGAUCAACCCUUCCACUUAGCGGACAUGGGGGCAUCUGCCAAUAACACCGAGAGUGACACCUCAGAAAGCAUUAGUCAGGGGCCAACCUCUCUGGAGAAGUCCCACUGCAGGACCAUCGGCGGCCCAGAGCUCAGGGAGACGAGGAAGAGCCGCUCCUCCAAGAGCCUGAACUGUGAGGACAGGGGGGUCCGAGUGAGUUUCCCCACCAGUGCAUCUGAGGACACCGGGUCAUUCGUGGGGCCUCACAGAGCCUCCUGGAAUGAGAGUGGAAACGGAGCGUUUAGAGAGAGCGGCAGAAACGAGGGUAGUAGUGUAUCUGCUCUGGCGUACGGCAAUGCAGAGGAAACCCGAGGAAACCUCCCCAGGCCACAGAAGCUGAAGAUGGGCUCGGUGUCUUUGCCAGGACCCAACACUCAGGCCUCCAAGACCCUGAGGAAGGGCAAGAAGAGCCACACCCUGGACAAUAGUGACCUGCGAUGCUUAUCUGAGGAGCUCCAGGGCCAGGCAGCUACACAUUCACAAGCAGCCCAGUCCAAUAAAGCCUCAGCCCGAGACCACAAGAUGCUGAAGUUUAUUAGCGGUAUUUUCAGCAAGAGCAACCCUUCCACUGCCCCUCCAAAGCAGAGCUCUAUGCAGAGAGACUCUAGUGAAGAGGAAGUGGCCUGUUCCAACAGUCAAGAAUGGACUUUAAAUCGCUCCAUUCCAGAACUGCAUUUGGGUCUGUUGGGAGGUCUACGGAGUGGCAAAUCUGCACUGGUCAACAGGUACAUCACUCGCAGCUACGUUCCCAUGGAAUGCCCCGAAGGAGGGAGGUACAAAAAGGAGGUAUUGGUGGAUGGACAGAGUUACCUUUUACUAAUCAGAGAGGAGCCUGGGCUGCCUGAUGCACAGUUCACCAACUGGGUGGAUGCGGUCGUCUUUGUGUUUAGUUUGGAGAAUGAAGCAAGCUUCCAAGAAGUGUACAAGGACUUCAGUGAACUCAGCUCCCACCGAAGCACUGUUGAUAUUCCACUGAUAAUAGUGGGCACCCAAGACAAGAUAAGUAGCACUAACCCUCGCGUGAUCGAGGAUAGCCGCGCUCGUCAACUGUCUGUGGAUGUGAAGCGCUCAGUGUAUUACGAGACCUGUGCCACAUAUGGCCUCAAUGUGGACAGAGUCUUCACAGAGGCUGCUCAGAAGAUUGUUGCAGCAAAAAAGCAAGCAGCCCUCCUAGCUGCCAGCAAAUCCCUUCCAAACUCCCCCUGUCAUUCUGCAGACUCGACAUCUGUGCCAGGACCCUACCACGGACAGGCCAGUAAUGGAGGUCAGAGUAGUGACGUCUCCUCCUCCCUGCCCUCCACUCCUGUGGUCGGCCAUAGAGAGCUGCGGGGAGGAGGCUCUCAGAGAAAUAUCCCUCGUCGACGGACAUCCCUAUUUGGGAAUCGCAGAGGGAGUGAUUCCGAAAAGAAAACACCUGACAACAGGGCUGAAGUACCUGGCAUACGCUCAGCUGCCAUCAAACAGGGCAUACUCUGGAAACGCAGUGGAAGUUCACUGAACAAGGAUUGGAAGAAAAAGUUUGUUACGUUGUCUAACAAUGGCAUUCUGUAUUACCAUUCAAAUCAAAAUGACUACACACAGAAUGUGCAUGGCAAAGAGAUCAAUUUGUUGCGUGUGACGGUCAAAGUCCCAGGCAAGCGCCCCCCUCGUGCUAUGUCUCAUGGUGGCUCGACGUCUGGCCUGAAUGGAGUACCCAAGGAUGGACUGGCCUCUGAAGGGACCACACCAGCUGCCUCCUUAAGCCCAGUCAGCCUGCUGCCUGUGGAUGAGGGAGCCGGAGUGGUCAAUUCCCCUGCGCGAGAGACUGGACUUCGACGGUGCUCUUCAACACUGUCAAAUAAGAACUUUCACUCAGACGCUGACGGAAUGACCAACCUUGCUUCAAAAGAACAGGUCCCAGCCUCCCCAAUGACCAGCAGGAAAAAGCCCACAAGAAAAAAAAGCAUGAACCCCAAAGGUGAUGCAGCCAUGGGUCAGGCUGAGGCCAAGCGAAAAAUGUGGAAAUUAAAGAGUUUUGGUAGCUUGAAAAACAUUUACAAGACAGAGGAGGACAAUGCCGACUUCAUUAUAGUAUCAAGCACAGGACAAACCUGGCACUUUGAAGCCUCAAGUCAAGACGAGAGAGAUGCCUGGGUCCAAGCCAUUGAGAGUCAGAUCCUUGCCUGUCUGCAAGGCUGUGAGAGCAACAGGCAUAAGGCUCGCCGCAACAGCCAGAGUGAAUUGGCCCUGCAAGCGAUCCGUAAUGCUAAAGGCAACAAUCUCUGUGUUGACUGUGGGGCACCAAAUCCAACAUGGGCAAGUCUUAACCUGGGAGCACUGAUCUGUAUUGAGUGCUCAGGUAUCCAUAGGAACCUGGGGACCCACCUGUCCCGUGUCCGCUCUCUGGACCUGGAUGACCUGUCCCCUGAGCUCUCCCAAGUGCUAAGAGCUAUUGGGAACCACAUGGCAAACAAUGUCUGGGAGAGCUGUACCCAGGGGCGACAGAAGCCAACGCCAGAGGCCUCAAGGGAGGAGAGGGAGACAUGGAUCCGAGCCAAGUAUGAGCAGCGUGUCUUCGUAGCGCCCCUGCCUGCCCAGGCUGAGGACAGCAGGGGUUCCAUGCCAGACUGGCUGCUCUGUGCAGUGGUCGAGAGGGACCUCCCCCGCCUACUGCUGCUCCUUGCCCACAGCAACAAGGAGCUGAUCAAUGCCCCGCUGGCUAAGGCUUCUCCACAGCCACGCACAGCCCUACAUGCUGCUUGCAAUCUUGGGGAUGUGGUGAUGACCCAACUGCUGGUCUGGUACGGCAUUGAUGUAAAGGCAAGAGGUCCACAAGGCCAGACAGCUUUGGCCAUGGCUCGAAACACAGGGAGCAGAGAGUGUGCUCAGAUCCUGCUGCAAUACGGUUGUCCCAAUGAACUCUCUCCCACCCUGUCUACACCUAGCCUCUCCCGAAAAAGUAGCAUAACCAGUUUGGGACGAGCCAACUCGACCAGGAGAAGGGAUAACUUCUGAUGUCUUAAAUACAGAGACAUGGAUACAACAUAUACAUCUAGAAUACUUCAAGAAUUAAUUGUAAAAAGAGAAUUUGCUGAAAAAGUGUGUGUGUGUGACUGAGAGAGAGAGGUCAUCACUGAAAUCUACAAGGACCAUUUCAAAUAACUGAUAUCAAUGUAACCAACAAAAGGAUUUUUCAGAGACUGAUCAGUGUAAUAUCAAUGUUAUCACUAUGUGUUAGUACAAAAUGUUUGCAUUUCAAGAAUAAUCAAGUACUCAAUAUUUUUAUGGCUGUCUCUGUGUUUUGCCUUUCCAUUUGCAUCAUGAAUCACCACACUGACACAGGCAGAUAUUUUUUUAGGCAAGUAAAAUCUGAAUCAAUGAGUAUAGACAGUUAGUUGGGGAAGAAAGAAUCCUUACUAAAAUAAUGUCUUUGUAAUAGGCCUACCUAUAAACCCAAGAACAAAAAUGCAUUUAACACAAUGUUGUUUAUUUAUUCAUGAACACGUGCUGUUUAUACAGAUGAAGCCAUAGCCUACUUGCUUACAGUUGGAGUCUUCAUAUCGCAUUUUUGCACUGGGAAGAUAACUGAUAUUUGAAGGCAUAGGCAGGCCUAGUUAAUCUACUAAACACGAAAUAGUCUACUCAACAAAAUUGAAUUUAAUCUAAUGUGGUCUAACUCAGGAAAAGGCUUUUUAAAGUGCCGUCUUCUCCAAACAUUUUCUAAUUGGGCAUUUGGCACACAGACAGUGUGAAUGACAUGGUAAAGAUAAUGAAUGAAUGAAAAGGUAGCCUAAAGUUACCCGGAUAGCCUCCAAUAAUAUGUGUUUCAGCUGUUCCGACUCAGUCUGUGUGAUUCAGUUCUCAUUUUACCAUUAUGUUUGACCUCUACUUGAAAUUUGUCUGGGGAAAUAAAGUGCAAUGACCGUGAGAGUAUCAAUGCUACUAACAUUAUAAAUUAAAUGUCUUCCUUGUCUCAUGAA